CGACCACCGGGAGACAGCGUUAGAGCAGUCCAACUCAGACCCACGUCUAUCUUUCCCCCGUUGAAUACUCUCUUGUCAAAAUGCGCUCUACCUUGUCUCUUGCAGUGGCGUUUCUGCCAUUCACAAUCCAGGCUCAGCAAACCCUGUGGGGACAAUGUGGUGGUCAGGGCUACUCCGGUGUCACCAGCUGUGUGGCUGGGGCAACAUGUUCAACUGUGAAUGAAUUCUAUGCUCAGUGUACGCCAGCGGCAGCCACGGGGUCUGCCACUACCUUGAAGACAACAACAACUACCACUGGUGCAGUGACGAAGACGACUACUGCUACUACUACCACUAAAACCUCGAGCGGCACAGCCUCGACGACUACUGCGGCCAGCGCGAGCGGCAACCCGUUCAGCGGGUUUCAGCUUUACGUGAACCCAUACUACUCGUCGGAAGUGGCGUCUCUGGCCAUCCCAUCUCUGACCGGUACUCUUUCAUCGCUCCAGGCGGCGGCAACCGCUGCAGCCAAGGUGCCUUCUUUCGUGUGGUUGGAUGUUGCUGCCAAAGUGCCUACCAUGGCCACUUACUUGGCCGACAUCAAAUCCCAGAAUGCUGCCGGAGCCAACCCCCCCAUCGCCGGCCAGUUUGUGGUAUACGACCUCCCUGACCGCGACUGCGCCGCCCUUGCCAGCAACGGCGAGUACUCGAUCGCGGACAAUGGUGUUGCAAACUACAAGGCCUACAUUGAUUCCAUCCGCAAGGUUCUCCUGGAAUAUUCGGAUGUCCAUACUAUUCUAGUGAUUGAGCCCGACAGUCUCGCUAACCUGGUGACGAACCUCAACGUGGCCAAAUGUGCCAACGCUCAAAGCGCCUACCUCGAAUGUACAAAUUAUGCGCUGACUCAGCUUAACCUGCCAAACGUGGCUAUGUAUCUUGACGCCGGACACGCCGGCUGGCUCGGCUGGCCCGCGAACCAGCAACCCGCGGCCAACCUGUACGCAAGCGUCUACAAGAACGCCAGUUCCCCGGCUGCGGUGCGCGGCCUUGCCACCAACGUCGCCAACUACAACGCCUGGACAAUCUCCUCCUGUCCCUCCUACACACAGGGAAACAGCGUCUGUGACGAGCAGCAGUAUAUCCAUGCGAUUUCCCCGCUUCUACAGGCGCAGGGCUUCAACGCCCACUUCAUCGUCGAUACCGGCCGCAACGGCAAGCAGCCCACGGGCCAACAGGCAUGGGGCGACUGGUGCAACGUCAUCAACACCGGCUUCGGCGUGCGUCCGACCACCAACACCGGCGAUGCGCUCGUCGACGCCUUCGUCUGGGUGAAGCCCGGCGGCGAGAGCGACGGCACCUCCGACAGCUCGGCGACGCGAUACGACGCCCACUGCGGGUAUAGCGAUGCCUUGCAGCCGGCCCCCGAAGCAGGUACUUGGUUCCAGACCUACUUCGUGCAGCUCCUCAAGAACGCCAAUCCGGCGUUCUAG